AUCUCAAAUUGGUUAUAUGCCAAACAACUGAAAGGGUCACGAAGGUAAACCAAAAAGAUUAUCAAACAAAUGUCCAGAGAAAGAGGCACAAUCCGAACUUCAGCUUCUGCAGACGAACAAUCAAAGACACAACAGAGGACUAGCAUAUAGAUAUACCAAAAUAGAUCACUGGAAGACAAUUCACAUUGAAUCAUUGCAAGAAUUUCCAUCUAAACUAAGCAUCAUUGGAAAGGUGCAAAAGAAGAACAAAGCUGCAAAAAAAAGUAUAUGACAUGCCAUUCAGUGUUCUCAAAAGUUGUUCCCGAAAAUGAUCAAACUGACUUGCAUACAGUAGAGGACAUAGGAAGGAGAUCGAAUUCCUCAGAGAAGAAUCAAAUCCAAUCCAUUUCGGCCCUCUUCCAAAACUAAUCUUACUCAAGGAUUUUCUGGAUAACACCAGCUCCAACGGUCUUCCCUCCUUCUCUGAUAGCAAACCUCAUCCCUUGUUCACAAGCCACGGGCAUAAUGAGCUCCACCACCAACUUCACUCGAUCGCCGGGCAUAACCAUCUUCGACUCCUCAUCCUUAUCGUUCAUAAUCGACGAAACCUUCCCGGUGACAUCAGUGGUUCUCAUGUAAAACUGCGGCCUGUAACCUGCAAAAAACGGGGAAUGCCUCCCUCCCUCUUCCUUUUUCAAGACAUAGACAAUGGCCUCAAAUUUAGUGUGGGGAGUAAUGGAGCCCGGUUUAGCCAACACCAUCCCUCUCUGAAUAUCAGCCUUCUGCACACCUCUAAGCAACAACCCUACAUUGUCCCCAGCCAGGGCCUCAUCCAAAAUCUUCUGGAACAUCUCAACUCCAGUAACAGUGAAAUUCCUAGUAUCUUUCAAACCCACAAGGUCAACUGUCUCGCCAACCUUAACCGUUCCUCUUUCAACCCUGCCAGUGGCCACAGUGCCACGACCUGUGAUGGAGAACACAUCUUCCACAGCAAGCAAGAAUGGCAGUUCAGUCUGCCGCUGUGGGAUUGGAAUGUACUCAUCCACAGAAUCCAUCAGCUGAUAGAUUUUAUCAACCCAUUCGUUGUCCCCUCGCUUAAUGGCCGGAUUGGCCAUCAAAGCUUCCAAGGCCAAAAGGGCCGAACCAGAGAUAAUUGGGAUAUCAUCACCAGGAAAUUCAUAAGAAGACAACAGCUCACGAACCUCCAAUUCGACCAAUUGCAGCAGCUCCUCGUCAUCCACCUGGUCCUGCUUGUUCAAGAACACCACCAUGUUGGGAACCCCGACCUGCUUGGCGAGCAAGAUGUGCUCCUUGGUCUGGGGCAUGGGCCCGUCGGCGCCGGAGCAGACGAGGAUGGCCCCGUCCAUCUGCGCAGCGCCGGUGAUCAUGUUCUUGACGUAAUCGGCGUGGCCGGGGCAGUCGACGUGGGCGUAGUGGCGGUUCUCGGUCUCGUACUCGACGGUGGCGGUGUUGAUGGUGAUGCCGCGGGCUCUCUCCUCGGGUGCGGCGUCGAUCUCGUCGUACUUCUUGGGCGCGCUGUUGCCCAUGGAGGCGAGGGCCAUGGUUAGGGCGGCGGUGAGGGUUGUCUUGCCGUGGUCGACAUGGCCAAUUGUGCCGAUGUUGAGGUGGGGCUUCUUCCGCUCGAACUUUCCCCUCGCUGCUCGGACUGUGAAGGAGGCUUCGCCGCGGUGGCGGGGGACGGAGGUGGUGGUGGUGGGUAGGAAAGGGGAGAUGAAGGAGGAAGAGAGGAGGGUCAAUUUGGUAGGUUUCGAGGCGAAGUUGAAAGUAGCGGCCGGAGAGGAGGGGGAAGCGGCGGCUGGUGAGUAGACGGCAGCUAGCCUUGAGGAAGAGGAAGCUGUGGCGGAGGCGGAGAUUGCCAUGGCGGAGGCGGAGGCGGAGCAGAGAAGAAAGGAAAUACAGAGAGUUUUUGGGAGGGGAUUGGGUUUGUUAUCUGAUUGGGGAUUGGGGCGUUUGUAUCCACUCCACUCCUUUUAGACUUGAGUUUACUAGACGCCCUCUCGAUUGGGGAACGAGAAGAUAAAUUGGGAUGCGGUACGAGUCCGGUUUAUGAAAGUUGCGAUUUAAUUGUGAAAAAUAUUUUAGAAUUAAGAAUUGGGCUAAUAGUGUAUUUUAUCUUAUUUGAUCUGGUUCAAAUAUU